AUGCUAAACCGGCGUAUUUAUAAUUUGACAAAACCAAUUUUGUUAGUUAAUGACAUUGAUUUGAUUAAAUUGUUAACAAUCAAAGAUUUCGAGUAUUUCACUGAUCAUAUGGCUUAUGCAAGGGCUGAUGUCGAUUCUUUAUGGAGUAAAAAUAUCUUCGCUAUGAGAGGUGAAUCUUGGCGUGAUAUGAGAGCAACGUUAAGUCCAGCAUUUACAGGCAGCAAAAUGCGUUUUAUGUUCAAUUUGAUCAACGAUUGUGCAGAAAAGUUUGCUGAAUAUUACCUGAAACAAGAUAAUGAUAUAAUUUCGUUGGAAAUGAAGGAUGCUUACAGUAGAACUACAAAUGAUAUCAUUGCAAGUUGCGCUUUUGGAAUACAGUGCGAUUCCUUGAAUGAUCGAGAAAAUGAAUUCUAUGUUAAAUCACGUAAAGCCUUUGAUUUCAGUGGAUUUCGUCAGUUCAACUAUUUCUUAUACAAUGCGUGUCCUAAAUUAAUUAGUAUUUUAGGUUUAAAAGUAUUUACAGAUGAAAUUGGAGACUUUUUCAGAUCUGUCAUUAAUGAAACUAUUGAUAUGCGUGAGAAGAAAGAAAUCGUUAGACCUGAUUUGAUUAAUUUACUUUUGGAAGCAAGAAGUGGAAAAUUGCAGGAGGAAAAUACUGCUGUAAAAGAAUCGUUUGCUGAGACGAAGGAAUAUAGUUUGAAUAAGAAAAUUAAUAAAAUUAAAAUCACCAAUGAAGAUAUAACAGCUCAAGCUUUGAUCUUCUUCGUCGGCGGCUUUGAUACAACUUCAUAUCUUCUAUGUUUCUUAUCCUAUGAACUUGCUGUUAAUAUUGAUGUACAAGAAAAGCUGAGAAAAGAAAUUCAAGAAACUUUGGAAGAGUGCAAUGGAAAAUUGAUUUAUGUUGCUUUAAUGAAGAUGAAGUAUUUGGAUAUGGUUAUCUCUGAGGUAUUACGAAAAUGGCCUGCAGCUGCCGUGAUUGACAGAAUAUGCAUUAAAGAUUACACAAUCAAAGCAAGUAAAAGUGAUGAGAAAGAUUACUUGGUAAAAAAGAACGAUGUCAUAUGGUUUCCAACAUUUGGUAUUCAUAGAGAUCCUGAUUUUUACCCAAAUCCUGGAGUUUUUGAUCCAGAAAGGUUUAGUGCAGAGAAUCGUGGGAAUAUCAAUGCUUCAUCAUAUAUACCUUUUGGUACUGGUCCUAGAAAUUGUAUUGGUUCACGAUUUGCAAUUUUAAUAAACAAAGCUGUAAUUUUUCAAUUGUUGAGAAGUUUCAGUAUAAUUCCAAUUGAAAAAACUGUUAUUCCCCUGAAAGUAAGUGCCAAGAAUAUGGCCAUAACUUCUGAAAAUGGAUUUUGGCUUGGACUGAAACGACUAUAAGUUUUUGUAUACAUCUUAAUAAUACGUAGUCUUUCUUUAUUUAUACUUAUUUGAUGUCAUAAGAUUGUGAUUGUUUUUAUAAUUAGAAGUUAUUGAUUACACUAACAAUUGUUUGUAGAUUAAUUAACUAAUUAUAAGAAGUUGUAUAAA